CCUUGGAUUUAGGACACUCGCGUUUCUAAACAUAGCCGUCGGCAGCAGCACUCUUCCUAUCGCUAACACAACUAUAAAUAGAUAUUCGUCUUCGAAACAGGCAUGGAUCGACGACUAAAAUUGUACUACCAUCCGACCUCAUAUUUUUCGCAGAAGGUUCUGAUUGCACUACAGGAGAAGAAUGUAAAGUAUGAUUCACACACCAUUGAAGUACACAAAGGCCAGCAGCUGGAGCCGUGGUAUAUGCGCAUCAAUUCUGCUGGCCAAGUUCCAACUCUUCAAGAUGGCGAAAAGAUAGUGAAAGAAUCAGAAGAUAUUGUUGAUUACAUUGAUAGAGAAUUUCCUAAUGACAGCAAGCUGAUUCCUGACCUGAGCACUGAAGUUGGCAAAGAAGUGGUAAAAUGGAGAAAACUGUUGCAUGCUGUGCCAGUUGUGAUGAUAACGUAUGGUCUUUACUGUAAUCCUGAACUAUCCACCUCAGGUCUGAAGAUUCCCAAAUGUCUCUUCAGAAGCAAGGAAGACAUUCUGGUCUCUUUCCAAUUGUUUGAGAAGAAAAUGGAGCAAUUGUCAGAUCUUCACCCCGACCUCCGCGAGGCAUACCUAGCUAAGAUUUGUGCAAUCCAUGACUUGAAAGUCCGAAUAGAUGAUAAAGAAGGAGUUGUGCGGGUUCUGAUGGAGCUGGAAUCCACUUUGGACCAAGUGGAAGAACAGCUGAACAAAGUUGAUGCAGAUCCUUCUAAAGAACUGUGGUUCUGCGGUCAGCAGUUUACAGCUGCAGAUAUCACACUCUGCGUUUUGAUGGGUCGCCUUGACCUGCUUGGUCUGAGCGAGCGUUACCACAGUAAAAAUAAGAGGCUGAGACUGCAUCAGUAUUGGCUGCAGGCGAAGAAGCGACCCACAAUAAAUCGAGUGGUAGUCAAUGUGAGGAAAGAGAUGAUGAAACAGCGGCUGAAGAAGAAUGCCAUGACAGCCCUCCCUCUCAUUGGUGGACUUGUUGCAUUAGGGCUUGCGGCUGGUUUAGCUUUUGUUUUUGCACAGAAACGAUAAAACAAUUCAAUGUGUAAACAUUGGUGGAUUCAGAUACCAAAAUGUGGAGAAGGGCAAGAUAUUUUGAAAUUUAAGUAACAGCAUGAUUUAUCUAACGCAUAAUCACGCUCACAAAAAUGGAGGAUUUAUUUAAUGCUGAGCACUUGUUAUCUCUGAAAUGAAAUGCAUACUUAGUAGUACCACAAGCUAAUAUCCAGUGGGAGUACAAAAUGUUUUCGAGUAGCCGGUGAUGGGAACAAAUCUUUAAUCUUCUUGCUUUUUGAUUUUGUUCCAUGUUGCAUUUUCUUGUAGUUUUACUUUUUAAAUGGCUUUCAGCAACAAAGAGUCAGUUGCAGUAGGUCUGUGCCUGUGCUGUUUGUCUGUUUGAAACUGUGCCUGUUGUAUCAAUUAUAUAUGCAUUCACUAACUGCUGGCAGUGUUGCUGAAUUUCUGUAAGCCAAAAUAUGCACAGCCUUAAGCCUUCUGGCUAUUGCUUCAAAGCCAUAGGUACAUGGUAUGCUUUGUUUGAACGGGUGGUUUAAUGUCUUUUUUUUUUUUAACAAACCCAAAUAUGUGCUGCUGUGCGCAUUGUUGACACAUAAUAAGUAGCAUGAAUUAAGUUCUAUUAUUUUAUAUUUUAUUAUUUAUUAUUGUGGAAUAUGCAUUGGUUUAUUCCAUUAAAUGUGAUAUUAAAUAAAAUUAAAGAGACACAUUCUGGUGGAA